AUGCUGCUAUCCAUCCCGUCCGCGCACACGGAGGUGAUCACGUCGCUGCAGUUCUCACCACACCACAGCACUGUCUUCUGCUCAACGUCUGGUGAUGACACCGCCGCACUGUGGGAUCUGCGCCAAUCUUCACAAGGCCAUGAAGUGGCACGACUCGUACACCAUCAGGGGCCAGUCAAUCACGCCUUAUUUCUCCACGAUGAUGAUCGUCUGUUGUUAACAGCCUCUGAUGAUCGCACAGUGGCGUGCUGGGAUGUGCGUGCCUUGAGUGCACCCGUUGGGGGAAUUCAAGGAUUUGGCGAUGGGAUUAACAAAAUGUUGCGUAUUCCCGCACCUGUGGGAAGUGAGAAUAGCAACAGGAGUAAUUGUUUGGUGGCAAGUGCCUGUGAUGAUGGCAUGGUAUACAUCCACUCACUGAUGCCAGAUACUACUGGUGUGAGUGCGACAAUGGUAGACCGUUUCUGGGCAGCCACAAGCACAGUAAAUGAUAUUGUGCUUUCCCCAAAUCCUAGAAUGCUCAUCACAGCUUCUGAAGACUGUGCGGUACGAGUAUGGAAUAUCAUUGGAGACCCAUCGGCAACAACAGACGACCGACUUGUUACUUCCUUUGAGGAAUUUGACAAUCCAGUCAAUCACAUUGCUGUAAUGUGCUAUACAGACGCUGAAGAGCAAGAACAACAACAACAAUCUGAAGAUUGUCUCACUUCUACAACAACUACUUCUUCUUCCUGUUGGCUUUACGCCGCUUGUUCUGAAUUUAUUUUUGCUGUAGAUAUGGAUCCAACAUCUGGUACCUUCGGUGAUGGUGCACGCACCUUCACUGGUCAUCAAGACUAUGUUCGUGGGUUGGAAUUUCUUAACCGCAAUACACUUCUAACAGUCUCUGAUGAUGCCACUGGAGUGGAGUGGUCCCUCACUACAGCAGAUCCCAUUCGACAGGUGAAACUGCAUGAGGGACUUGUAAUGGCCUCCGCUACAUCUGCAGCGAAGGAUGUGUUAUUGACAGGAACAGACGGCGGAGAACUACGGGCGUGGCAUUUACCAUUUAAUACAGAGACAUGCUGUGGUGGAAUUAAUUGUUGUUAA